AGAGUUCCAUCCUGACUGAGCUUCCCUCAAGAGUUUUGACUCAACUCCGACUCUACUCCCUCUUCACUGCAGCAGAGCAGUUUGUUAAAAAAAAAAAAAAAAACUUUCUCAGAGACUGAAGAUCAAGUUAUUUUUUUAAAUUUUUUCUUUGCUUUGCAUCUCUUCCUCCGAGCCAAACACUUCUGGAUGAGUGUCGCAUAAGUCUUUAUCUUCCGAGACUGAAUUUAUCACCUGGUCUGUUCUCUGUUCUGUGAGAACAGCCUCUGUUCCCUCUGCAUAUCAUCACUAAGAUCUGACACGUACUGUUAACUCUAGGAAACGCACAAAGAAGUAGUUCAGGAUGGUUCUCAAUGUGCCGGGUCUGGUGGUGAUGGCGGGGUUCUACCUGCUGAUCUUGGGUACCGGUAUCUGGGCGUCGAUGCGCUCCAAGAAGGCAGAGAAAACGUGCACAGGAGAUGGCAUGGAGAUAACUCUACUGGCCGGACGAAACAUCAACCUGCUAGUCGGCAUCUUUACUCUCACUGCUACGUGGGUAGGUGGAGGCUUCAUUUUGGGUAUAGCUGAGGCAACAUACAACCCAACACUUGGCGCAGUGUGGGCUCUCAUGCCUGUGCCUUAUGUCCUGACCUUCUUCUUAGGUGGCUUUUUCUUUGCCAAGCCUAUGAGAGAGAACAAGUAUGUGACGAUGAUGGACCCCUUCCAACAGAAGUAUGGGAACGUUCUGAGCAGUGCGUUGAUCUUUCCCGCACUGGUUGCCGAUGUCCUGUGGGUGGCACGGACACUUGUCAGCCUGGGUGGAACUAUGGCAGUGAUCCUGGACCUGUCCUACAUCUACUCCAUCAUCAUCUCCUCAGUGGUGGCCAUAAUCUACACCCUGCUGGGGGGGCUCUACUCUGUGGCCUACACAGAUGUCAUCCAGCUCAUCCUCAUCUUUGUCAGUCUGUGGGUGUGUGUUCCUUUCCUGAUGACCAACCCCCACUCUCUGGAUAUCUCACUGACUGCCUACAACCAGACCUUCCAGGCUCCCUGGGUCGGCACGGUGGAGCUUGAUGAGGCCGGCAAAUGGUUUGAUGACUUCAUGCUGCUGGCUCUGGGUGGAUUGGCCUACCAGGCAUUCUACCAAAGAAUCCUUUCUGCCUCAUCUUACACCCAAGCUCAAGUGACCUGCUUCGCCUCUUCAGGCUUCUGCUUGGUGCUGGGUAUCCCCUCUGUGCUGAUCGGUGCUGUGGCUGCAUCUACAGACUGGAACUCAACCAGCUAUGGAUUGCCCACCCCGUAUGAGCGUGACCAGGCAGGCUCCAUCCUCCCCAUUGCCCUGCAGUACCUCACACCCCCCUACAUCUCUAUCAUCGGCAUUGGAGCUGUAGCUGCUGCUGUCAUGUCCUCCAUGGACUCAGCUCUUCUGUCCUCUGCCUCCUUGUUUUCCUCAAAUAUCUACAAGAACAUUAUCAGGAAGCAGGCCUCAGACCGUGAGAUGCAGUGGGUGAUCCGUAUCUCUGUAGUAGUCGUGGGUCUGGCUGGAACUGCCCUCACGUUCCUGGACAGCAGUGUCCUGGUCUUCUGGCUUGUGGGCGUGGACAUGUCCUACACCAUCAUGUUCCCUCAGCUGGUCUGCAUCCUCUUCUUCAAGGUGUCCAAUGGCUACGGAGCCACCGUGGGCUACCUGAUGGGAAUUAUCAUGAGGGUCCUGAGCGGCGAGCCACUCAUCGGCCUCCCACCUGCCAUCAAGUUCCCCGGCUGCAGGUUGGACGCGGAAGGAAAGCUAACCCAGUUCUUCCCCUUCCGCACGGCCAUCAUGGUCAUCUCGCUCGUGUCCAUUCUGCUCUUCUCCUGGCUGACGUCCAUCAUUUUCAACAAGGGUCUGCUGUCUGAGAGGUGGGAUGUGUUCAAGAUCAAACGCAAGCAGGCUACCACACCCAGAGCUGCAGAUGGCAAGAGGACCAUCCCUGAAAACGAAGACGGCUCUGUGGCCAAACAGCUACUGGACACCACCAGCUGCUGAAGAGGCUCACGAAGACAGAGAGAAGAUGGGCACUGGCUGGAGGCGGACAUGUUUGUUCGCCUGCUAAGCAGGAGUUCACACGAGGAAUAAUUGCAAAAGGUUGGACAUUAUGUACGUAUUCUGUGCAGUAUCACAGUGAAUUUGAGGCGAUGACAUUUACAUUAGCAGAGAGCGAUCUGAGCUCUCCGGCACCCUACUUCAUCAGUUGCCUCAUUGUCUUCCACAGAGAACACAGUAAAAAUGGGGUCCCUCGCUAAGUUACGUUAGCAAACAAGCCAUAAGCUAGCACAAUAAAAGAUGUUUACAUAAAUAUAGGCCCAGACUAAACUUAAAUUCCCCAAAAAGAAUGCAGGCCCUGUUUACACCUGGCAUGAACAUGCAUAUUGUGUAAACCGUUUUCGAGUGCAUAGCUGAGAGUCCACGUGUCUUGAGUGACCAGUAAUGAUCGGAUCUCACUCACUCGCUCUAUAUGCAGAUAAAAACAUACAUCAUUUCUGCUUGCAAAGACCAAAUUAGAUGUGUUUAGCCGUACGGAGGCAGCAAGAAGAAGUUUGAUUUGUACCAUCCAGUUUCCAUCAUACUGACAGGCCCAAAUGGAAAGCAGACAGUGUGUUUCGUGUGUACUCCAUCCAUAAAAAUCCAUUUGGCCUGUUGCUGUGGCUUCUUGUUGUUUCGCACUUUAAUAUGACCCUUCAGUGCAGCUCGACAUGUGCACGUAUACACUGACUAAAGAAUGUAACCACCUGCGAAUGUGGUGAGCAAUGUGUCCCCGGUCCAUUUGCACCUUUACACAGAGCUGCUGCUGCUGCACUGAUUGGAUCACCAAGACACGUGUUAAUGCCAGGUCUAAAUAAGGUCUCCGACGCAGGUUGAACCAUCAAGUCAUACAAAUGAAUUUCCAUUUGAAAAACCAAAGCAGGAUUUUAAGUUAAAUGCAGUAAUACAGAAUAUACCUCUUACUCAUUAGAUACUCCUCAAUAUAUAACAGACUUUUUGACGCACAAGAACUGGACUUCAACUCUAAGCACUCCAACAGAAUAAUGAUUAAAUUGUUUACAAUUCAUACAGACAAAACCUUUAUGCAACACGCCAAUAAUUAGCAAUCAGCUUGACCCGAGUGUGUCUCAAGAUGAUGUACUGUGUGUGCACCUAGCUUUUCUCUCAGUGUGAACCUCUGUUAAUGAUGUGCAACAAGACGGGGCUCUCUCACACCACAACACAGAAAUGCUUCCCAAAGAACGGUCACUGUUCCACGGUGCAUUUGUGGAAAUUUAACAGUUUAUCUGACUGUGCUCUGAUCUCUUCCUUUCUCUAGUUGUUCUGCUGCUUUGGACUCUACUAUACAGUGACAGUAAUAUUUCUUGGCUUGCUUUGUUAAUUUUAAUCGUUUUUUUUUCACUUCUAAAUUAUUACUUACACAUACAAUCAUUGCUUAUACACCAUUGUGAUUUUAUUUUGAAAUGAGAGACAUUUAUAGUCACAUUUCUGAUCACCAAACUGCUUAGCUGUGAAGCAGUCCACACUCUGUUUUAUGUAAAGAUGAAUCUGUGUGCAGUGAGGUGAUAAUCAGAGUUGUGUGAAUGCACCCGAGAUGUCAAGAUUUUUUAGUUGCAUGCAGAGCAACGUUUUUCUUCAUCUCUCUUCAUGCUGCUCAGCAAGUUUAAGACACUUUUUUUUUCUUUUAGCACACUGACAAAGUUUGAAUCCAACCAGCAAUGGAUGACUUCCAGUCCAGUCCUGGUGGCUUUGUUGUGAAGGCAAUAUUGAAAACCGCAAAUGGCAACCAAAAACACUUGGAUGGAAGUGACACGAUCACUAUUUAACUCGAUAAUUUUGUUCUCACAUCUAUUAAGACCUGUUUUUGUCGUGGGUAGCAGCAGGGAGAGGCGGAAACCUGCAAACCUCGAUGUCCCAGUAUGCUGCAGUUAAUGCUAGCCCAUUCCCCUCAGCUGCAACAUGCUUGCGCUAUAAAGAACUGAAUGUAGCAGUUUCCUACAACUGCACGGAGAGCGAACGCCACACAUAUCCCUUGUUUCUCUUCUCCGUCGGUCAGUGUGAGAUUUGUGCAUUUCAGUUUGUCAGUGACUUUGUACUGUAUAGUUUUGUGUUUGUUUCAAUACUGUCUGCAAAGCUGUAGUUUACAGUGGGAUCAUUUUUUCCUCUGAGGUGGUUGAAAGGGUUUGCAGCUAAGAUUCUGAGAUUUUACAUUAACGUUACACAACAGUACAAACUUUACUAUAUUUCAAGAAUUAGAUUUGAAUAGAGAACAGACUGUUCAUUGUGUUUUUAAUGUAUGUUUUGUUGUACUGAGCCUACAUAGUAGUUUGUUUGUGUAAAGAGAUUCCUGCUAAUGAAUGACAGAAAGCCUUCCUCUACCAUACUGUUACCUUUUUACUAUCACUGGAAAUUGGUUUCACUCCACUGUCCGCGGUUAUUUGCUGAUCACAAAAUGGGUGUACACCCAAACUGUUCAAAUACCUCGUGGACUAGUAAUGUUGACUUUUAGUAUACAAAACGUCUAAUUUCUAUCCAAAGUAUACUGUUAUGAAUGUCAUUUUCCAAAGACUGAUUGCACAGAACAGACUGUCUCAGAAACAGGACACAUUCAGGACACAAUGCCUCCCUCUUUUUAUAUGAGUGACUGUGAUUUCUACCUGUAUUAUACUCUUUUACUGUACAGUCUAAUCAUGAUUUGUAUAUUUACACUUUUUAUUUUUUAUCAAAGUUGAUCGCUAUGCGUUGAGUUUUAGAAUGAAAAAUGCAAAUGUAUAUUUUCAAGUUAGCAACAUUUAAAAUUAAAAAAAUUAAAAACUUCAGUUUUGCAGGACAUUAAACGCUUGUUUCACCUUUGCACGUGUUCAUUCACUCAGUGAUUCUGAACGAGUGUGCACUGGACACAUCACAGGGAAAACGUGUAAUAUAUCGACGAGUGAAAGUAAUAGCCAUAUAGAACAAUCACUCGAUUUGAUGGAAGAAAAGUUCCCAGCGGCCUUCAGAAAGCCGUCCACAAUAUAUGGCAAUGCCUUAAUAACGGAGCAUAUAUGAAUAUUGUCAUCUGUCCAUAAUAUAAUAUGUAUUUGGUUUUAUACUAUUAUGCAUGUUGAUUGUCAUAAACAACUUUGUUUGUUUGUAUACCGAACUUUUGUGAAGGCUGUUCUCUCUUGCCACUUGGAAAGGCCCUACUUUGUGAUUGAUUUAAUGUAAAUUCCCAUGGGGUGAUGUUCUGCCAGAAUAAAGGCUGAAACCAAA